AGUCAUUAACGAUUCGGUCGUCGGUUAGCGCUGUUGUGUGUGCUUCGGAAUCUUCGUUUGUGCGGUUUUUGGUAAUCUCAUUCUUCUUUGCAGGUGUUUGUAAGUAGCUGAAUAUUUCGAAGCAAUAAUUCAAAAGUGAUCAAAAGUAAGGGAAAUAAUUACAAAAGGGGGAAUUCCCAUUUCGGGUUUGUGUGUGGAAGUGUGUCAAGAAAAGUACGCGUACGUAAUAACGACGUAAUAAAAGUAAAAAUAAUUCAACUCAAGAAGAAGCCAAAUAUCAAGCAUUUUUUGAUAAGUAAAACGCAGAACCAGAAUUCAACCGGAGAGAGAGAGAGUGUGUGUUGUUGCCGGUUUCGUUGCCAUCAGCAGUAGAGCAUUGCUUGAACUACCGAGCUUGCGUGAGUGAACGAACGGAUAAAGAAGGAGAGACUUUGUAAAGUCGAGCAAGGCCGGGUUUUAGCCCCGAUAAGUCACGCUGGCGGAAAUGUCGACAGAGCGGGAAUUAACUCCCGGUGGACCCCCACAGAUGCUUCCACUCUCGUAUUCGGAUUUAGCUAACCACAUUCAGAUGAACGGGGUCAACAUCAUCAGUAAAAAUUUCAGCGAAACACCAUGGAAUACUUCGCCGCCAAGGCCUCCAAGUCCGACUCAGUCGCAGACCAGCUUCGAUACACUCUCACCUCCUCCAACUGGUGCCACAGUGAACCCCACACCGGUGUCUACCACGGCCGGAGCGCAGAAUGUGGCAACCAGUGCGCUCGGGGUGGUCCCCGCAACGCCACCGGCCCCGCCAGAUCUGCCCGUAUUUACGUGUCCCCGACGACCGAAUCUGGGGCGCGAGGGUCGUCCCAUCGUACUCCGCGCCAAUCACUUUCAAAUUACGAUGCCCCGCGGUUUCGUUCAUCACUACGACAUAAACAUCCAGCCGGACAAGUGUCCCCGGAAGGUAAACCGGGAGAUCAUCGAAACGAUGGUUCACGCGUACAGUAAAAUGUUCGGUGCACUGAAGCCGGUAUUUGACGGGCGGAACAAUCUCUACACCCGGGAUCCACUGCCGAUCGGAAAUGAUCGGGUGGAGCUGGAAGUGACGUUACCCGGUGAGGGCAAGGAUCGUGUUUUCCGUGUCACUAUCAAAUGGGUGGCCCAGGUUUCCCUGUUCAAUCUCGAAGAGGCUCUCGAAGGUCGCACUCGACAGAUUCCAUACGAUGCGAUUCUAGCGUUGGAUGUGGUUAUGCGGCACCUACCCAGUAUGACCUACACUCCGGUCGGCAGGAGUUUCUUCAGUUCACCGGACGGGUACUAUCAUCCCCUUGGAGGUGGUCGUGAAGUCUGGUUCGGUUUCCAUCAAAGUGUCCGCCCAUCUCAGUGGAAAAUGAUGCUGAACAUUGAUGUUUCGGCUACUGCGUUCUACAAGGCCCAGCCCGUGAUUGAGUUUAUGUGUGAGGUCUUGGACAUUAGGGAUAUAAACGAGCAACGCAAACCGUUGACCGAUUCCCAGCGUGUCAAAUUCACCAAGGAAAUCAAGGGGCUAAAGAUUGAAAUAACUCACUGCGGUACGAUGCGUAGAAAGUACCGUGUCUGCAACGUAACUCGGCGGCCAGCACAAAUGCAAUCUUUCCCACUGCAACUGGAAAACGGACAGACAGUGGAAUGCACCGUGGCCAAGUACUUCCUGGACAAGUAUAAGAUGAAGCUGCGAUAUCCGCACUUACCUUGCCUUCAAGUCGGCCAAGAACACAAGCACACCUAUCUGCCGCUAGAGGUUUGUAAUAUUGUGGCCGGCCAGCGUUGCAUCAAGAAGCUCACCGAUAUGCAGACGUCGACGAUGAUUAAGGCCACCGCCAGAUCGGCUCCGGAUCGCGAACGCGAGAUCAACAAUCUCGUGCGUCGAGCCGAUUUCAACAAUGACGCCUACGUGCAGGAAUUCGGACUAGCCAUUUCCAACAGUAUGAUGGAGGUGCGCGGUCGGGUAUUGCCACCACCGAAACUGCAGUACGGAGGUCGCGUCUCUAGCAUGAGCGGACAAUUACCAUCUGGUCCACAGAAUAAAGUGAGCUUAGCAUUACCAAACCAAGGGGUUUGGGACAUGCGAGGCAAACAAUUUUUCACUGGCGUCGAGAUUCGUGUUUGGGCGAUUGCCUGCUUCGCGCCACAGCGAACCGUCCGGGAGGAUGCCCUGAGGAACUUCACCCAGAAUCUGCAGAAGAUUUCCAACGACGCCGGGAUGCCGAUCAUCGGCCAGCCGUGCUUCUGCAAGUAUGCAACCGGGCCGGAUCAGGUGGAACCGAUGUUUAGAUAUCUGAAGAACACCUUCAACCAGCUGCAGCUUGUGGUUGUGGUACUGCCCGGAAAGACACCGGUUUAUGCCGAAGUCAAGCGAGUUGGAGAUACCGUACUGGGAAUGGCCACUCAAUGUGUGCAGGCAAAGAACGUCAACAAAACGUCACCGCAAACAUUGUCCAAUCUCUGUCUGAAGAUCAACGUAAAACUGGGUGGAAUCAAUUCGAUCCUUGUGCCAUCAAUUAGACCAAAGGUGUUCGACGAGCCGGUCAUUUUCCUUGGUGCAGACGUGACCCACCCACCGGCCGGUGACAAUAAAAAACCCUCAAUUGCGGCUGUGGUCGGAUCGAUGGAUGCCCAUCCGUCGCGCUAUGCUGCCACCGUUCGUGUGCAGCAGCACCGGCAGGAGAUCAUCCAGGAGCUGAGCAGUAUGGUACGUGAACUGCUGAUUAUGUUCUACAAAUCCACGGGAGGUUUCAAACCGCAUCGAAUCAUUCUGUACCGGGAUGGUGUUUCCGAAGGACAGUUCCCGCAUGUGUUGCAACAUGAACUGACGGCCAUUCGUGAAGCGUGCAUCAAGCUAGAGUCGGAGUACAAACCAGGCAUUACGUUUAUCGUGGUGCAGAAGCGUCACCACACGCGACUGUUCUGUGCGGACAAGAAGGAGCAGAGCGGUAAGUCCGGUAAUAUCCCGGCUGGUACUACCGUCGAUGUUGGAAUUACGCACCCGACCGAGUUCGAUUUCUAUCUGUGCAGCCACCAGGGUAUUCAGGGUACCAGUCGUCCAUCGCACUAUCACGUCCUAUGGGACGAUAACCAUUUCGAGUCAGAUGAGCUCCAGUGCCUCACGUAUCAGCUAUGCCACACAUACGUCCGGUGUACCCGUUCGGUUUCGAUUCCGGCACCCGCCUACUAUGCCCAUCUGGUGGCAUUUAGGGCUAGAUACCACCUUGUUGAAAAGGAACACGAUUCCGGCGAAGGAUCUCACCAGAGUGGUUGCUCUGAGGACAGAACACCCGGUGCGAUGGCUCGUGCAAUCACCGUACAUGCCGAUACCAAAAAAGUUAUGUACUUUGCUUAAACGAAGUAUUUUUUUGUCUGUUUAGUUUAUUAUUUUGUACUAACUUAUACUAAUACGAAGCUAUUUUUCGUAAAACAUUCAGUAAUUGUACAUUCUGGUAGCACACUAGAGAAGAAUUAUUAUGUUUCAAAAAAAAAAACCAUCCAUUGGAGGAAAAUAUUAACAGUAGGACCACACUGCCUAACAGUGCGCGGUUUGUGGCCAUAGUCAGGAUUAGCAGUUGGAAUUAUUUAAAUAUUGAUGGGACGUACAAUUGCUUCGGAUUAGAUGGUUAGUAGAUUUGUUCUCGUACUGAGGUAGACAACAUUGUAGGAGAAUCAAACCUCAAGCAAAGGCGAAUUAUUUACAUUCGGUGGACGAGCCACUCAAGCAAUAGCAAUGCAAACGUCGUGUAUAGGUUUCAAAGAAAGUUCUUUCCUUUCUGAUGUUAUUUGUCAUUUUAAUGAUACGGCAACUCUUCGCAGUUUUGUAGGUUAUAUUUACUUAUUUUCUAGGCAACACGUACACGCAAACACCAAGAAAGGUUUCUUUAAGGAUUAGUAUACUUUUGCUCAAAGACGUAUCACAUCUUAUAGGUUUCGAAUGGCUUUAAUUCCAAAACGAGAGACAGAAUAUGAAAAAAUGAAACAAAUUUUCUAAGCUUCCAAUUUAGUUUUAAACUAGUAUACGGCUAAUAGUGAAGGCGUACCCCUUUUUUAUGCCCAUAUGUAUCAAAUUCUAAUUCAGCACUAGCUUUUAAGUCCAGAGGCUUUCCGACGUGACAGUGAAGAAAGAUGUUUCACAAUGGUUAACACUUAUCAUCCUUACUUAGAGUUUUUAUAUCGCUCAUGGAUAUCUCUCGUUCGUUAGUUUAUUGUAUUUUUUUUAAAUCAAAUUGAAAUGUGUGAAUGGAAAAAGUCUAGAAACGAAAAAAAAAAAGAUUUCCAAUGAACAAUACACGCAAACCAGCUUUAAAACUAAUCUCGUAUGGAAACUGUAUAAACAAAGAAACACUUUUAGGGAACAAUCUCAUCCAGACGCAAUAGAAAGUAAAUUGUAGACAUUCCUCAAAUCAGACAAUCGAAAGCAUGUCGAGAGCAAGCAAGCAAGCACGUCAACUAUCUCCGAUGUCUGGUAGAACAAGUAAACGAAAGCAAAGCAAAAUAGAAAGCGAAUUGUUUCACCUGUUUUUGUUGUUAAUGUAUUUUUAUGUUUAAUCGAAAAUGAAGCAAGCAAAUUGAAAACUAAGUACUCAAGAAGCAGUUUAACUUAUGGAUGAUAAAACAACAAGGAUGUAAACACGAAAUCAAACAAGGGAAUAAUUUUAUAAGUAGUAAAAAUUUCCUAUCACUCGACGGAACAUAAGCUAUUAUUCAUUAAAAAAUUUUGUUUCUGUUCUGCCAAAGCAGAAGCAUGCAAGUGAAGAAGAGAGGCCGGAGAAGAGAUCGAGAGGGUCAGAGCAGAUCAAGGAAGCCAAUCCCAAGUGAGAAUCAUCCAGCAAAUAGGGGGAACUUAAUGCUAAAUGCUCCUUGCGCAGAGGAACCGAACGAAGCCAAGCCACUAAACGUCAAAUAUGGGAAAAACAAUUAUUCGAUAGUAAGCAUAUAGGUCGUAGUUUGUACUCUAAUAGCUAGCUCGUAAGUCAGCCACAAUAUUAAAACAAACAACUCGUACACCGUUAUAUUGUAUAGGAUCAAAGAAACAUCUUCUAUUGGAGAAAAUCUCUAAAUGUGUUUAGAAGUAGAAUCAAACCGGAGUGAAUGAUGACGGCGGUAGUGUAUGACAUCAAACUUUAUGAACAAAUGCUGAUCUAUCAUUUAUAAUACCUACCGAAUCAUGUCGAUGUGUAUGAUUAUUUAAAUCAAACGUGAGUAUGUACCGGACAUACUAAUUUUAAACACGCGAAAGAAAAAGUAACAUAUUAGCACAUAAGAAGAAUUUUAACCAGAACAGUUAAAGUCACAUUUUAACUGUUGAAGUUAUGAACAUUGCAGAACAGAAACAACAUAGUGAACAACAUUCGAAUAGAAACAUCAUUAAGCUCAAAGAGUGGAAUACACUGCACACAUACAAGGAAAAUAACACUUGAUUGCACCAAAUUCUGAA